CGUUCAAAUUGGAGGAUGCAGCAGCCUGACGAUCGAUUUUGCAUUACGGUUGCAGGCUCGGCGAUCGAGAAGUUAUGCGAAUGUGCCUUGGGGGACAGCCUGGCCGACCGAGGCUCCGUCGUGAGAGCUGCCAGAUGUCUUCUGGGCUCGGUGACGAAGGUUCUCCUCCUGGCGGACAUCGUCGUGGUCAAUCAACUGCUCCACGCCAAGGAUAAGGUCGCCCGCAGUCUCGGCCGGCUCGAGAGCGUCUCGAAUUUCACCGAAUUCGUCAAGGCGUUCAGCCAAUUUGGAGGCGAGAUGGUCGAGCUGGCGCAUCUAACGGGUGAUCGUCAGAACGAUCUCAAAGACGAGAGGCGACGCGCGCAGAUGGCCGCGGCUCGACAGGUCCUGGAGAGGAGUACCAUGAUGUUGCUCACGUCCAGCAAGACGUGCUUGAGGCAUCCCGAAUGCCCGUCCGCGAAGGAGAACAGAGACACCGUUUUUUGCCAGAUGAGAAGAGCGAUGGAUCUGAUACAUUACGUCGUGAAGGAUGGUGUGCUGGACUGCAGCGAGUCGCAAUCCUACUCGAAUUCGCAGAGCCCGCAGCAGGAAGACUGGGACAGCAGUACCGUUUGCUCGGCAUUGAAACACUUUGAGAGGCUCGUUGAAACAACGAGGAUGACUUUACUGGAACCGGGCUGCCGCGGGACACUCACGUCCGCGCUCGAAACGGUGGUCGAGAGGACGCAAGACUUCACCGACAGCGCCUACACGAGUCACGAGCAUAGAGAGAACAUCCUCCUACUUUGCGACCGCGCGAAACUGGAGCUCAACACACUAUUACGGAUCGGCAAUAGUAUGGUCAGUCGAACUCUCGAUUUAUCUCGUAAGGAAAGUACGUUAUUCAAUAAGCACGCGCGGGAAACACGAUUUGCAGAGACAAUAUCUUAUUAGGGGUGUGAUUUAGUUUUGAGGGUUUUU